AUGUCCAACCUCUUCAAGAUCCUCCUGCGCAUCAUCGCACUCAUCUGGACCCUGCUCAUCACCGCCCUCAUCGGAAAUGUCAUCGCCGCCAAUGUCAACGGCCACAUGAAAACCAUCAACUUCACCAUGUUCGUCGCCGCCUGGUCAUGGGUUGCGCUCCUCUACGGCCUUGUCGCAGUCUUCGUCGUCAGCCUCGCCGUGCCCCUUGCGCUCGUCUUCUGGGACGGUUUUGCCACGCUGCUCACCUUCAUCUGCGCCAUUGUGUUGGCCGCCGAGCUGCGGGCUCCCAACUGCGGCAACAUUUCCGGUGCUCACUUGCCCAGCGACUGGAUCGGCUUCGGCUCUCACCACGAUGAGAGGAGGUGCCGUGAGAUCCAGGCCAGCACUGCGUUCAUGUGGUUCCUUUGGGUGUGCUUUAGCUUGCUCUUGGCCAUCACCAUCCUGGAUUCUAAGGGCAGCGGCGGUUUUGGCGGGUCGAUCCGGACUUCACGCUCUUCGCGAUCAUCUCGGCCUGCCAUGUCGCAGGUCUAA